AUGAUGAUGGUGGUUGAUAAGAAUAAUGAUAAUUUUUACGAUGAAAACGAUAUGGAUAAUGAAAAUGAUGAUGAUUCUGUCAAUGACAAUAUUAAUAAGGAUAAUGACGAUAAUAAUUUUUAUGAUAUUGAUGCUAGUAAUGAUUAUGGAAAUAACAAUAAGACUGAUAAGGAUGAUAAUGAUAGUAAUGAUUUUAUUCUGAUGUUUCUGAUGCUGUUCAAUUGUAAUGAGAAUAAUAGUAAUGACGAUAAUGAGAGUGAUAAGAAUGAUACUGAUUAUGAUAAUGAUAAUGCUAUGAACAAUGCUGAUGAUUACAAUGAUGAUACUGAUGAUAAUGAUAUCAACGAUAAUAAUGAUUAA